CCGGGCCCGGCGCCUGGGGCUUAGGACCUGGGUGGGCGGCCGGACCGACCGUCUUGCGGCAGCAUCGCGGGAGGCGGAUGGCGGGAAUGGCGUUGGCGCGGGCCUGGAAGCGGAUGUCCUGGUUCUACUACCAGUACCUGCUGGUCACGGCGCUCUACAUGCUGGAGCCCUGGGAGCGGACGGUGUUCAAUUCCAUGUUGAUUUCCGUCAUGGGCAUGGCGCUCUACACUGGAUACGUCUUCAUGCCCCAGCACAUCAUGGCAAUAUUGCACUACUUUGAAAUUGUACAAUGACCGUCACGUGACCAGGAUCAAGAAGUUCCUUGGAGAAGACCCACUCUACAAAGUUGGAAUGAGUCUUCCUCAGAUGUCCUAAGAAACUACUGGAUGUCAGCAUAACCGACCUUAUAAACAUGAAGACUAAAAUUCAUGAGUAGAACAGGAAACUCAUCCUGACUCAUGUGUUGUGUUCUUUAUUUUUGAUUCUAGAAGAGGCUCUUGUAUAGUAGUUUUUGUCUAUUUUAACAUUGUAGUCAUUUGUACUUUGAUAUUAAUAUUUUCUUAACCUUUGUGACUGUUUCAAUAUUACCCCAUGAAAGCUUUUUUUAAUGUAACUGAGUAUAUUUUAAUUGCCUUCUAUUUUUAAAACUCAAAAGUAAUUAGUUGGGCUUUAUCAUUUUUGCUAUUGUAUGGCAUAUACAUCUGCCUGGAUAUAUUUCUACUCUUGACCAAAGUUUUGUAAGAAAUAAUACAAGAUUUGGAGCAGCAGGCUGGGGAGGGAGGAUAUUUUAUUGAGAAUUACUUACAAAAGACUUAUCUGUAAACUUGAACUCAGGAGUACAAUUUUAGCUAUCUACUCUUAACAGUCUUUGCUUUAAAGCUAUUAAAAUGUUUCUUGCAAUGAAAAAAAGUAAAGAUCUUGCUAAAAUUAAGAUAAGGAACACUUCACCUUUUAAAUAUUUAAUUAUGAGGACUUAUUUCCAGAAAACUUUGGUGAUGAUUCUUAAGAGAAUAAAUGGUUAGUUAAUAGCAUUAUUAUUAUUAUUAUUUUUGGUACCAGGGAUUGAACUCGGGUCCUUGUGCUCGCGCAGGUUAAUAGUAUUAUUAAUACUUCUGUAUACUGUAGAGUUGUUUUUUUUUUGGUACUGGGGAUUGAAUUUGGGACUUUGCGCUUUCGAGGGAGGCACUGGAACCACCAUUGAGCUAAAUCCCCAGCCCAAUGUAGAGUUUUUAAUAGAAGGAAGUCAGUUUCCGCUGAGGGCCACUAUUAACAGCAUAUGUAUUUCCUUAAAGUUAGUUUCAUGAUUGUAAUGAGUGCUGCAAGUGCUUUUGCACCUUGCAAUAAGAUGUGAUGAGAUGAAUUGUUAAAAAACAUAGCAAAGGGGCUGGGGAUUUAGCUCAGUGGUUUCCACCGCCUGCUUCGCAAGCUCAAGGACCCGAGUUCAAUCCCCGGUACCAAAAAAAAAAAACCAAAAAAAAACCAUAGCAAAAAGAAGUGUAAAUUUGGCUAAAAUCCUUUCACUCUUUGUAUUGUUUUUUUAAAAAGAUUUUUAUUCCUUAAUGUAAAAUGACUGCCUAAACUUUUAAUGUAAACUCAUUAAAUUGAAAGAGAACAAAAAAUCAGCUAAUGUGGCAGUAUAUCUUUUCCUUUGUGAUUAAAUAUUGAUCUAUUGUGGUAGUUACACUUCUGAACUGAUAGUUGUGGAGGACCAGACAAGCAUAAGUACAUCUUAACAUGUCUCUCCACAUAAAAGUAAUGCUAAUAAUAACAGGCGUUAUGCAUUUUAAGAUGGCUUCCACAUAGAUGGCUUCCACACAAUUUCAAAAUUGCUAAUUUUGAAAAAUUCAGGUAUUUUUGGACCUAAAUUUUAAAGACUAUUUUUGCAGCACUUUCUAAUCCAGAGGUCUCAAGUAAUGUAGAAAACUAUAGUAUCUGUAAAGAAUCUAUAUAAUCACAAUUACAGUGGUGAGCAUAAUAUGUAAUUACUUAAUUUUGAACUACUUAAAAUUUGAUAUAGUUAUAGGUGAGCUAUGUUCAUACUCUCAGGCAAGAUACGGAAUAUGAGGAUUUAACUUGGAAUCUGUUCAUUAAUGUUCAAAUUUUCCAUUCCUCCACUGUCCCCUCUAAAGAAUACUGUCAAGUGGAUGUCUUUUGGGGUUUUUUUGUUGUUGUUUGUUUGUUUUGAGACACGGUCUCGCUAUGUAUUGCAGGCUGGCCGUGGACUCACUGUGUAACCCAGGCUGGUCUUGAAUUUAUAGUGAUCCUCCUGCCUCAGCCUUCCCUGGAAGAGUGCUGGGAUUACAGGCGUGUAUCACCAUGCCAAGCCAACAAAUGGAUGUCUAAUAGCCCCAUGGAAGAGAUGAGAAUCACUAGUUUAAUAGGUGGGUAUCCAGAUUACCUACCUACCCCUCAACUUAGAAAUCUUUAAUUAAUCCUCACUUUUUACUGAAAUCUAUUAAAUUGCUGUUGUAUCAAUGAUGAUUUAUGAACACCGGCCUGGGAGAUAUAUGGAAGAUGAGUUUAGCCUUACAGGAAAUCUUGAGGAGAGUCAGAAAGAGGAAUAGGAGCACAUCUCAUUGAGAAGUGAUCAGGAAAGUAUAUUCUCACCAACCAACAAAUAUAUAGUGUGUUUGCUAGUCUACCAAGUAGAGAGAUAUUUUUUACUUUGUUUUUAAAAAAUAAAGUAUUAGACAAUUCUGAA